AUGAAGCCCAGCCAGCCUCGAUGUGCUGCCUCGUGGCGGCGCAAGACGUCGGACCUCGCCGAUGCCCUCCUCGAGGCCCGCGUCCAAAAGUGUGAGCAGAUCAUCGGCUACACGUUCAAGAACCGCGCGCUCAUCAGGGAGGCCCUGGUCCAUCAACGCGCCACCAACCAGCGCCUGGCCCUUGCCGGGGACAAGGCCGCCGACCUCGUACUGGCUGCUCAUUGGUAUCGCACCAGACACAGCGAAACUGGCCAUCUCGCCCCGAGGCAGUGGGCUGGCCUGAAAAACGACCUGCUUAGCAACGCGAACCUCGCAAAUGUCGGCCAGCGUCUGCGAAUCCUCGGCGCUAGUCACAUCCAUUCCGGCCCGGCCCGGGCCACCACCGUCGAAGCCGUCAUGGGUGCUGUCUGGCUCGACUCCGAUCAUGGCCCUGCCGCCGCCCUCGAGUCCGUCAUGCGAACCUUUGGCCUCUUGACCCACCCCCUCCUGCUCUCCCCCACCACCGCCAGACCCACCCUCGACGGAUCCGCCACCUGGUCACACCAGCACCUGCCCGCCCGCUUCUUCAACGGCCGCCACCCAGCCUGCCACCCAGCCCGCCACAGUCUUCCAGGCCUAUGGUCACGCCUCAAAUCCCUCUUGUUCACUUCCAAAUCCACUGUCGACACAGCCCAUGAGCAUCAUGGCCUGGAGCAGCACGCCUCAGCCGCCGUCCCCUCAACCAACAAGCAGACAGCCACCCCCUAUCCUGGCCCUGAGCCCGACAGCACUCUGCCCGCCCCGAACUCGGUGGUCCAGAGCGGCCGCGCUCCCACGGCUGACAGUCCUGCCGGCCGUGGUGGGACAUUCACUGGCUGGUAUUCCUGGGACACUGAAUGGGCACGAGUGAAUUCUUUCAUAGUGGCUGUCGCGAAUGACCCCUCCAACCUCGACAAGCGGCUGCUUCCUUUGCUGCGUCAUCACCCGCAGAUGAAAAUUGCGACAAAGUCUUGGCACAGCAAAUUGAACUUCUGA